AAAGAAUCGCGUCUGGAGCAGGGCAACGUCCGAGGCUGCUAGCAUUUAAAAAUGUGUACUUAUUACAAAUUCUGUUAUUAGAUCGCGUGAUUGCUUGGUUAUUUAUUGGUCAACUUUAUUUGGUAUAUAAACUUGUAAAAAUGACAUAAAAUGUUUUUAUUAUGCGUAAGAAGAGUAUACUCUGCUUUUAAUAUGAUUAUGGAUUUUUUUUUUUUUUUUUUUAAUAUGCAAGAAUGUUAACGACUACAAACGGUAGACGAGACAAUAGAAAAAAGAAACAUUAAUACAGCCUCUUUUCUUUUUUUGUACGGAAAAAGCGGCAGCAGAAUUACUUCCGCGAUUACUCUAUUGAUUUAAUAAAUACGAAUUCAGUUCUGUAACGCUUUCCAUAUUCUGCAAUUCCUUAAUGGCUGCAUUUUAAACUAAAUUUGAUGAAUAGUAUUUAUCUAAAAAGCAGUUUGGGCGUACAUUAGCGAUGCAUAAAUGAUGAUGAAAAAUGCAAUAAAUUCUAACAAUUGUUUCUGUAGUCAAAUAAUCAGUUAAUGGAGUUUUUGUAUUGUUAAAGGAUGAAAUGAUAAUUUGCGUUUUGCCUUUUUAUUGCGUCUGCAUCAAUGUGAAAACACAAAAGCAUGGCAAAGAUCCAAAAAUUUUGUAAUCUCUCUCAUUCACGUCGUAUUUCAACACUUGAUAAUGUAGUAGGUUCAGACUGUGUCAUCGAACGCGAAAGUCCUUCGAAAAAUCAACUGCGGCGGGUAUAAAAUUCGCUCCAGCGGUUCGCGUAGGAAUAAAUGACAAUGUUUUAGGAUACGAAUAGGAAAGAAAAUCGUUUCUUCAUUCCUUAUAUUUCUGCUAUACUACUUCAUUUAUAUUUAAUGCUUAAGAAUUAAGAUAUUCGCAAUCAGCAAAAAUAAUCCAGAUUAAAAAAAAAAAAAAUUUUAAUUCGCCAUUAAACUCUCGUCCAAUGAGAAUGGCGGGAUUUUUAACGCGUUUCUUUGCCGCGGGAUAUGUUUUCCUCAGUUUGUCAACAAACGAAUGGGUAGUGCAUGCGUACCGCGAACCUUCUGAUGCAAAUCAUGCGUUUUCAAAUUUCACACAUUCAUAUUUGUCAUUUUUGGAUGAUUUGUAUAGUAAUCUUAAAACAAACCAUGGCAAUGAUUCCGAAAAAUGUAGAACAGAAUCUGAAAAGCUUUUGGAUUUAGUGUCAGCUGGGGAUUCCAAUGCUUUAAAGGUUUUAGAUUCAAGCGGAAAACCUUCAAGUGGACUCUUGGAAGGUGGGGUCUAUUUUAUUGGAUUCUAUUCUGAAUGUGUAAAUGCUGUAGUGAAAAUCAGUGACGAUUCUUCAUUUUCUGGAAAAUACUGUUUGCUAAAUUUGGAAUUUCCUGAAACUAAUAACCAGAAGGAUAUAAUACCAGAAGCAUCAUGGUUAGUUUUUACUCAAAGUCAAAAACCACCUACUAUUGGAGUUUGUAUUCCAUCAUCGUGUUCAGAAAACGAUCUUGCUUAUGCAUCAACAGUUAUCAAUACUGAUGAUGAUAUUAGCGAUUGUACAGACUUGGAACGAUCAACUUUAUCCCUACCUACCACCUCAAAGCUUGGUGAAUUCCUGAAGGAUCCAAGACUGUGGAAAAAAGGCAAAAAUAAGAAAGGGGAAGAAAAGUCUGAAAAAGGGGAGAUGGAUGCUGCAAAGGCCCGGGAGAAGAAGUUACAAAAACUGAUCAGAGAGUUUGGAGUGGAUUACAUAACGAAACACUUGGAGUAUGAGGCAAGGCUAAAAGUAGCUAAAACACCAGAGGAAAAAUCCAGAGUCAUCUCUGAACACUGGCCAGGGUGGUGUAUGCCAUUAAUUAAUGAAAAGUGCCAAUAUUUCUAUAAGAUAUAUUCAGGUAUAGCUACUUUGUGUGUGCUGUUACUAUUCGUGGCUUUUGCAAUAUUCGCUACAAUAUUAGACUGCCUACUUAAUACAGAUAAUUCAAAAACUUCUUGCUGUGGGAAUGGCACUGCAACAACUGCUUCUACUGAAGUAUUGUGUGGAGAAAAGACUAAAAAGCACAGUAAGGCUAUGCAAUGUGUAUUGGCUUUCUCCUUGACAAAAAGUGCCAAGAAACUUUUUACUGUUGAGAAUGGUGCACAAAAUAUUAAAGCCCUCCAUGGACUAAGAUUCCUGAGCAUGACAUUGAUCAUCUUUGGGCAUACAUACUCCUUUGCAUCUCAAAAUUUGUAUUUUCGUAAUCCAAGAGCUGCAGCAGGUGCACCAUCAGAUUUUUCAUCUCAGCUAUUUGCAAAUGGAACUUUUGCAGUUGAUACAUUUUAUUUCAUCAGUGGUCUUCUUGUAGCUUAUGUAUCGUUAAAGCUGAUGGAUAAACUUGGAGGCAACCUAAAUUUUCUAUAUUUUUAUUUGCAUCGAUACUUCAGGUUAACACCAGUACUGUUGGCUGUAAUAUUAUUUUGUGCAUAUUUAUUGCGAUAUGUUGGUUCAGGCCCAAAUUGGCUAUUUAGUAUUCAAAUGUAUGAUGUUUGGUGUAAAAAGAAUGGAUGGCUUAUUCCACUGUAUUUGCAUAAUUUCAUUAACACAGAAGAAAUGUGUUUAAGUCACACAUGGUAUUUGGCCACAGAUAUGCAGAUUUAUAUCAUCGUGCCAAUAAUUCUUAUACCUUUGUAUAAAAAAUUAACAUAUGGCAUUAUUUCUAUGGUUACAUUGCUCUUCAUAACAAUUUUGACUACAGCUGUGCUUACUGUAGUACAUCAUUAUCCAGCAGUGCCCUACAUCAACUCUGAUGUGUCUCUAGGUGUAAUAAAUGACUAUUACAAAAAUGUGUAUAUCAAACCAUAUUGCAGAAUGGGACCAUAUAUUGUGGGCAUUGCUGUUGGAUAUUAUUUAUUGCAUAAAAAAGAGCUGCCAUUAAGCAGGUGGAAAGUAGCUGUUAUGUGGAUUCUUUCAAUAGCUUUGUGUCUGACUAUCAUAUACCUUAUGUGGCCAGCAAAUCAGGGAUAUCUACCCUCAGACUCUGAAGCUGCAGCUUAUAGCAGUCUAUCUCGAACAUUAUGGGGCAUUGGUGUUGGAUGGCUAAUUGUGGCUUGCUAUUAUGGUUAUGGAGGUUUUGUGAACAAAUUACUUUCAUGGAGUCCUUUGAUUCCCAUGAGUCGUUUAACAUACUGUGCAUAUCUAAUUCACCCUGUGAUCAUGAAUGCUUAUUAUGGUUCCACUGAAACUACAGUUGACUUUUCGAACAGUUUUAUUAUUUAUAUGUUCCUUGGAAACUUCAGUGCAACUUAUGUGCUAUCUAUAAUCAUAUCACUGCUUUUUGAAUAUCCAUUUGUUGCUUUAGAGAAAGCAGCUCUCACAAGAUCAUCAUCUUGAUAAUAUACACGACAAAUUUUAAUUGAUUAUACAAUAUUAUGCUGAAGCUAUGAUUUAUUAAUAAUCAUAGCAUUUAACUCAGUGUUUGAUUGUGAUAUUUUUGUAAAAUACAAGUAUUUUUUAUGCUAAAUAGAAAUUGUGAAUAAGUACAAAAUCUGUUAUGAUAAAUACAAGUAUUUUAUAUUUGUUAUGUAUUUCCUCUGAAUAAUUAUUAAAUACAAAUUAAAAACAACUUUUUUGUACA